UGGAGUUUGUCUCAUAUUCUGAAAUCUUUAUAUCUUCAUUUCCUGGUUUCCAAAUUGGUUCUUUUUCAAGUAUUCUAAUUCUACUUUUUUGUGUCUAUGUUUGUGUCCCAAUUUCCUGUUUUGUUUUUAUGGUCCUUACUCCUUAUGAUGUCUGAAAGAUUCCAGUCAAACUUAUUUUAAAGUCAUUUUCACAUUGCCCUAUUAUUUUCAAUUUGUGUCGAGUGGAUUUAUCUCAAGUGUUGAUUUUGGCUUUUUCCCCAUCGUUUCUGUCUUUUUGUAAUUUCACUUUGCAGGCUCAUGUUGAGUGGAAUUAUCACUUCCCUUCUCCAAACCACCUGUCUGUCUAGUACUGAUUUUGUGGUUGGUCCCACCCAUAGUCCUGUUCAGUGCUUCAGGCCACAGCAAAGCGUAUAUGGGUGCUUCAGAAUUCUUACCAUGUAGUGUUAAAGUUCGUAUGUCCCCUCACGGCUUGGCCCAGGUUGUCGCUACGAGGCUGUGUCUGCUUCCUUCAGGUUUCCCCCAAGUACUCUGUAUAAGCCUUAGUCUCAUUUUACCUGUUUUCAGUUUUUUUUCAUGGAAGGGAGAGCCCCACUGUAAAUACUAGUUUAAGGGUUCGUCUUAAACUGUCUCCUGUCUCCCCCAUCCUCUGUCUUGUGUUGUUGUUAUUCUCCUUACUUUACAACUAGGAGGUCUCCCAGCUGCCUUUGCACAGCAGACCAGCAGGGUCAGUACCUAUUCUAGUUCUUGGUUUUGGUUUUGAGAGAGGCUAUACCUUUUUUUGUUUCCCCUUUUUAUAUUUUAUCUCCUGUUGUCAUGUAUUUCAAGACUGGGAGGCAAGGUGCUUCAAAACAUGAACUCUUGGCAACCAUCUCCAGGAAGUCUCUUCCAACUUCCUUAUUCUGUGGCGUAGGAAUAGGACUGCAGCUGUUUUUCCCUGUAUCUUACAGUGACACAAGUCUUCUCAGAGGCCUCCAACAGCAGGGUUGAAGCAACGCAGCUCUUUUACAUUCUUUGGAAACUCUUAUUUUCUAAAUACGGUUUUGGAUUUUUGGAGAUAGUAGAGUUAGAUCUGGGUUUGAAUCUUAGCUCCAUCGCUUUGUCUAUUCGUUCAACAAGUAUUUUGAGGACCUACUUAGUGCUAGGUUUGGUCUAGGUGCCUUGCUUCUUAGGAAAUAUUUAGUAGCUUUGUAAUUUAGGGCAAGUUAUUUAACCUCACUGUGCCUGCCUUCUCUGUAAAGUAGGCAUAAUAUCGUCUACCUCAUAGGGUUAUUUUAAGGAUUAAAUUAGAUAUUAAGUUUUUUAUUAAGCACAGUAAAAAUUAAUAAAUGUUUGCUAUUACAGACAUGCGCCACAUAACGUUUUGGCCAAUGAUGGAUUGCAUAUGUGACGGUGGUCCUAUAGGAUUAGUGCCAUUUAGCCCAGUUUUUCAGAAGCAUCAAAUAAUGUCAUCUGAAACGUUGCCAGCAUUUGUUGAGACUUCUAAUGUUGAAAGAACGCAAGACUUAAGUGAGGAUCAAGAGGAGAGCCAGAAGCCAAGAUCAGGUGAAGGGUUGGAACCAAUAUCUAAACGACAAAUGAAGAAGCUAAUAAAGCAGAAACAGUGGGAAGAACAACGAGAACUCCGCAAACAAAAGCGAAAGGAAAAACGCAAGAGAAAGCAGUUAGAGCGACAUUGUCAACAGGACUCAAACUCAGAUGGAAAUGACAGAAAACGUAUUCGAAGAGAUGUUGUUCAUAGUACACUCCGCCUUGUCAUUGACUGCAGUUUUGACAGCUUGAUGGUGUUAAAGGACAUUAAGAAACUUCAUAAGCAGAUUCAACGAUGUUAUGCAGAAAAUCGACGAGCACUGCAUCCUGUGCAGUUUUACUUGACAAGCCAUGGAGGCCAGUUGAAAAAGAACAUGGAUGAAAAUGACAAAGGAUGGGUCAACUGGAAGGAUAUCUACAUCAAACCAGAUCACUAUAGUGAAUUCAUAAAGAAAGAAGACCUGAUUUAUCUUACGUCAGAUUCACCUAAUGUCCUGAAGGAAUUAGAUGAAUCCAAGGCCUAUGUGAUCGGAGGGUUAGUGGAUCACAACCAUCACAAGGGACUCACAUAUAAACAAGCAUCAGAGCAUGGAAUUGAUCAUGCGCAGCUUCCCCUUGGAAAUUUCGUGAAGAUGAAUAGUAGAAAAGUUUUGGCAGUUAAUCAUGUGUUUGAGAUUAUUCUGGAAUAUCUGGAAACCAGAGACUGGCAGGAAGCAUUUUUUACCAUCUUACCCCAGCGGAAAGGAGCUGUUCCCACAGACAACGCCUGUGGAAGUUCCUCACAUAACAAGAAGUCUGCCAGAGCUGGAGGUGGACUGGACAGUGAUUCCAGUGAAGAGGAAAAUAGCAGAAAUGAACUGGAUUCACCACGUGAGGAAGAAAAUCGGGAUAAAGAAAACAGCACUGAAUCUGCCAUGAACUCUAUACCACACUAAUGUCAUCUGGGAUCUUUGUUUUUUAGUUAAAGGACAAAUUAGGAGAAAAUGACAUGCUUCAGAGAAUAUUUGAAUUGGAAGAAAAUUUCAUUUGCUCUAUUUCUGUUUUUAUUUUUUGGUGAGGAAGAUUGGCCCUGAGCUAACAUCUGUUGCCAACUUUCCUCAUUUUGCUUGAGGAAGACUAUUGCUGAGCUAACAUCCCUGCCUAUCUCCCUCUGUUUCAUGUGGGAUGCUGCCACAGCAUGGCUUGAUGAGCGGUGCUAGGUCCACACCUGGGAUCCAAACCUUCCAACCACAGGCUGCCAAAGGGGAGUGCGCAAACUUAACCACUAUGCUACUGGGCUAGUCCCCUCGUUUUCUCUUAGUUCUGUUGUAAAUUUUUAAAACUUUCUUUUAAAAUAAAAAGCCCUUAUAAGAAAACAUUUUUUGCUUUUGCAUAAGAUUUAAAUGUGUAAUUUUUAAAAUAGUUUUCUAAGCCUCUAAUGAGUUUUUUGAGAAUUUUAUUAGUAAAGCUUCAUUCUCUUUUUUUUUUACUGGAAUGUAUUCUUUAGAAUGUGCCUUCUGACCUUCAGUUUUAUUAGUUUAUGUUUAUCUCAGUGCCUUUCUGGUUUGCUGUCUGCUUAUUUGUGGAGGUACGUAUUCCUAAGUCUCCUGCAAGUCUGCCAAGAUGUUCUCUGUGGGAAGUUACCUUCUAUUUGCAGGUUUUAUAUUCAGUUUAGUUACUUCAGAGGAAUAUAGUGAUUUUAGGGAGAAGUGUCAGACUGAUAAACUCUACAGUCUGUCUUUUGGCUUAUGGAGCCUGUCCAUGUUCCUCCUUUGUAAGGCCUUUAUGUGGUCCUAAAGCAGUCACUGAGAGUUAAGAACCUCUUUAAGGUAUUUUCUUACUGCCAAUAAUGGUGAUAAAUUAUUUCAGUUACAAGAUUUAGUUUUUCAGGCCAGAUUACUUUAAAAGGCUAUCAAAGGAUCAGUUUUUUCUUUACCUAAAUUUAAAAGCAGCUCAUAGCAGCUAUCCUUUCCUUCCAUGUGUACUUUUUUAAAAUAAAAUAUCUAUUGGUUCUUAAAGUGAAUAAAGUUAACUUUAUAUCUGUACCUGCCUACUAUCAUAGAGUAAUAAUAUUCAAGCUAAUGUAAAUGUAUGUUUCUGUAAAUAAUAUAAGCAUGUGUGAAAAUAUGCAUAUAAUUGUACAUACGUCUGUCCACAGUUUGCAUGCUGCUCACUUAUUAACUGAUAACAGGAUGGAGUUGCCGUGUAUCUGUAUUAGCAUGAACGAUUGUGUUGAACAACACUAAGAAAUUUGAAUUUCAUAAAGUGCAAAAGUCCAUAACUAAACAUUUGUGUGAGGACGUUGGCAAGGGAAGAUGGGGCUGAAAGGAGUUGUUUCAGUUUCCUACUAGUAAACAGUUAUGUUUAAAGUACAGUGAUUGUUCUUUGUUGCAGCUAAAGUAAGAUUUCAGAAGCCUUCACUCAGUUUGGAUAAAGUGAGUUUCUGUUCUUUUUAUUCAUUGGCGUCUCAAAUUAUAUACACAUUUGGUAGAGAGUUCACUGCAUUUAGGAUGGAUGUUCACUGUCCCUUACAUUUUGUUGCUUUAUUCUUAGUAAUCUAUUAUAGUUAUCCGUUUAAAGUAAGGUAUGUGAGCAAGGUGUGCGAAUAAAGAAAAGCCCCUACAAUUCAGGAACAAAGCUAUGUCUUAAGUUGUGUUUUUCAGUUUCAAGUUUUUGUGAGUAAAUGUGGUUUAGUAAC